UCACGAUAACUCGAACGAGGAAGCAGAAAGAAAGAAAAGAAAUAUCAGAGAUUUGCGAAAUCAGAAACAUUUGAUUCACAGGACGGGAGAAGAAAUUCACCAUGAAAUCCAUCUUCAUUCUCUUUAUCUUCUCGGCUCUCGUUUCUCUUUCGACCCAAACCACUGACUCCAAAGACCUCAAAAUUCCACCGUCCUCUGCCCACGCUCGGCUCGCCAAUUAUGGAUUUCCGUUCGGUCUUCUUCCAUCCUCCGUCGUGAGCUACACUAUCAACGACACCUCCGGAGACUUCUCUCUGGACCUCGGUGACUCGUGCAAGUUCACGCUCCCGCCAGACAACUACGUGGCUUCGUUUUCUAGGGUUGUCACCGGUAAGAUUGCCAAGGGUCGGAUCCACAGUCUCGACGGGAUUCGAGUUCGCGCUUUGUUCCAGUGGUGGUCGAUCACCGGUAUUAGGUCUUCCGGCGAUGAUUUGGUCUUCGAGGUUGGGUUAAUCACCGCCAAGUAUCCGUCCAAGAGUUUCAACGAGAGCCCAGCAUGUGAAGGUCGUCGCUCUGCUUCGUAAGAGGCAUUCAUUCAUCUUCAAGCAUAGAUGAACCCAGUGCAUAAUCCAUAUCAUGUUAUCAUCGAUGUUUCGGGGUAUUGUUACUUUAGAAACGAAAUGUGAAGCUUGUGUAUAUGGUGGCGUAUCAGCCCCAGCCUGUUGUAUGUAUGUUCUAAUUCUGCGUAUUUUAACUCUUGCUGCUUCUAGUUCUGGAUUAAUACACUAUUUUAAUAAUGUUUGUUUAGUACAUGACCAUGAGCUGACAUAUAUUUCUGUAAUUUUAUUCCCUCUAACUUUUCUUUUUCA